UCUAAGUAACAAAUGGGAAUAUCUGUAAAUCUACAGAGACGAUGACGCUAAUUCACAGGCUGACCUCCGUCGUCAAAAACCCCCACCUAAACCCCACUACCACGGCGGCCGCCGCCGUCGUCGUCCGCCACUAUUCGAGCAACCGACCUGCCAAGAACAACAAAACCGGUGAGGACGAGUGGAACGACGCGUGGGAGACCGCCUGGCUCCCGGACGACCUAUCCGCCAAAUCGUCACGUGCUCCAUGGGAGGCCGACGUCAGCUUCUCCCUCCCCUCCACCGCCGAAAAUCCCCAAAUUACACCCUCCGCCCCGCCGGAAGAAAUCGACGCCGAGACACAGGCAUUUGUGGAGGACAUGAACGAUAACUGGGAUCAAAGGAAGGGAAAAUCGGUCAAAAGAACUGCGGAGAACAAUGUGGGCUCUUUGGAAUCGUCUUCUUCUUCUUCGCUUUAUAGCUUGGAAAAUAUUAAGAGGGAUUAUAGGUUGACGAAGCAAAAAAUACACGCGGGACUGUGGGUGAAGGAGAUUGAGAAAUUUGAGGAGGCUAAAUUGGGGAAUUCAGUUUCUGGCAGCGACGAUAUUGAGAAACUGCUCGAUAGCGCCUCCGAGAUAUUUGAUUCUCCAAACAAUGAUUUUGGAGACCCAAAAAUUCCCAGCUCUGAGUUCAAAAACAAACCUGAUGGCUGGGAAACAAUAUCAAAAACCCCAGAUGGCAAUGUAUGGGACAUGUCGCAAAGAGAAGAAGACAUCCUGGUUCAAGAAUUUGAGCGUCGAAUUGCCUUUAACAAGUUCCAGAUUGCCAGCUUUAUAAAAACACACAUAUUUAGUCGUAGGAGGCCCAUUGAUGGAUGGAAGUACAUGAUAGAGGUAAUUGGACCAAAUGCAAGGAAAGGGAAGGGAAGUGUUUCAAGGUUGCCUGCUGUAUCAGAUGAAGCAACUCAACCUUUCCGUGAGGAGAAGACGGCAUUCCCCAGCCCUUAUUCUUCCUCUAAGGGGAGAUAAAUUGUAUUGAAAGUCACAUCCAAGUGCUAAGUUCUAUUACAUAGUGUAAUUACUGUGGCAGUUGAGACUGACAAUUUAGCUAACGCGAAAGGAAGGGGUUUCUCAUUCUGAUUUUGUAUUACUUCAUCAAUUUCUCCAUUACAA